AUGUCGGGAGCAUAUCAGCAGCAACAGCAGCAACAGGGACAAGGUAGUGGGCGCCAUCACCACCAUGGGCACCACCAUCAUCAACGACAAGGUACGUCACACCCUGCGGGGCAGAGAAUAGGUAAGUAUCAGGUGAUAAAAACACUGGGUGAAGGGUCUUUUGGUAAGGUGAAGUUAGCGUACCAUGUUUCCACGAGCCAGAAGGUGGCAUUGAAGAUUAUCAACAAGAAAGUUUUGGCCAAGAGUGAUAUGCAGGGCAGGAUUGAACGUGAGAUCUCAUAUUUGAGGCUAUUACGGCACCCACACAUUAUUAAGUUAUAUGAUGUCAUUAAGUCCAAGGAUGAAAUAAUCAUGGUGAUUGAAUAUGCAGGCAAUGAAUUGUUUGAUUAUAUAGUUCAGAGGGACAAGAUGUCAGAGAACGAGGCUAGGAGGUUCUUUCAGCAAAUCAUAAGUGCUGUGGAAUAUUGUCAUAGACACAAGAUUGUGCACAGGGAUUUGAAACCGGAGAAUUUGUUGCUAGAUGAGCACUUAAAUGUUAAGAUUGCAGAUUUUGGGUUAUCAAAUAUUAUGACUGAUGGUAAUUUCUUGAAGACGUCAUGUGGCUCUCCGAAUUACGCCGCUCCAGAAGUUAUCAGCGGGAAGUUGUAUGCGGGUCCGGAAGUAGAUGUGUGGUCUUCUGGGGUUAUUUUAUACGUGAUGCUAUGCCGGAGAUUGCCAUUUGAUGAUGAGAGCAUUCCGGUGUUGUUUAAGAAUAUCAGUAACGGCGUAUACAGUAUUCCGAAGUUUUUGUCUCCAGGUGCUGCCAACUUGAUUAAGAAGAUGUUAAUCGUCAAUCCUUUGAACAGAAUAACGAUACAUGAAAUAAUGGAGGACCAAUGGUUUAAGGUAGAUUUACCGGAUUAUUUGAUUCCUGUAGAUCUCAAGACGGAUGGAAGUGGAAAGCGGGAUGGAGAAGAUGAAGAAAUUGAUGAAUCCCUGGUUGCUAUUUUGGCCAAGACAAUGAGCUAUGAUCGCGACGAAAUUUAUGAAGCUUUAGAGAAUGCAAAUGAUUCUGACCCUAGCAUCGCUGAAAUCAGGGACGCUUAUAUGCUGAUUAAGGAAAACAAAUCAUUGAUUGAUGAUUUGAAAUCUAACAAGCAAAAAUCAGACCAGUUGGGCACAUUUUUAUCUCAAUCACCACCAACUUUUGAGCCCCAAGGAUCUCAACUGGGCAUCAACACUUCACAAACACCUACAUCUGGCAUUGGCCCUCGUGGUAUGCAGACGAAUCAACAUAUAAAAAAGAUUGCGGCCCAACAGAGGACCUACCAACUUGCCUAUUCUGAGCAGCAAGAUGAGGACAGCACUAUCGCUAUCCUUCCAAGUUCCUUGCCACAGAUUCACAGAGCAAACAUGAUUGCACAAGGUUCCCCAGCAGCCGUUAAAAUCUCGCCACUCAGCAGCAAGAAAUCCAAGACAAGGUGGCAUUUCGGUAUACGAUCCCGUUCUUACCCGCUCGACGUUAUGGGUGAAAUAUAUAUUGCUCUUAAAAACUUGGGCGCCGAAUGGGCAAAACCAUGCGAAGAAGACCUUUGGACCAUCAGGGUCCGCUGGAAAUACAACGUCGGCAACCAUAACCACGAAAGAAUCCCCGACCUCAUGAAAAUGGUCAUACAAUUAUUCCAGAUCGAAACUAACAACUACUUGGUAGACUUCAAGUUUGACGGCUGGGAAUCAAGCACAGGCCAGCAAAUGACAUCCUCCUCAACAGAAGACGAAAUGAGCACCUUCUCAGCAUACCCUUUCCUUCAUCUAACAACAAGGUUAAUCAUGGAGCUAGCUGUCAACAGUCAAAGUGGCUAA